GCGGCGAAGGCGGCCACGGCGGUGACGACGUUCGGAAGUCGCCCUCGUUCGCGCCGCCAGCCCGAUCGUCCGACGUCAUCGAUCCCGCCUCACUCCCACGCUGCUCGAGCUUUGGCGGGGAGAGCGUCCUUCACGCUGCCUGACAGGUGCCUGCGACGCGCGUCCUGGGGCAGACAAUGGCAGGCGAGGGCAGGCGAUGGCGGUCGAUGGCAAGCCGCACACGCGCACCCGUCCCACGCCACGUGUGAUCUCGCAGGUAAUCAGGCGCUCGGCGCGUAUGCCAUGCAUCUUGUUCUCAACCGCCACCUGCCUCGGCGCUGUCUUGCGCGACGCUCUCGCGCACCUCAUGUCGUCUUCAAUGGAACUCACACUCGUUAACUUAUCCAACGAUGGCAUCCUAUGUGGUCGGCGGACCUCCAAUGCGAACGUACAGGUCUCGGUGGCGUUGCAGCCGUCCGAAGCGACGUCGACGCGCAUUCCGAGUCAUUGCUCCGAGGAUGGCAUCACGCUCGCUCUCCUCGCACUAGGGGAGAAGGCGCAGAAGUGGACCAUAGAACAUGAGCAUCUUGUCACUCGCGCCUCGACCAUCGCAAUGCCUUCCUGGAGAAGCAUCGACGUCUCGGACGAUUGUCCAUGGCGGGUUUACUGCCGCAAGAUUCGCCGCCACCAUCGCAUACUUUACCUUUUCCCCCGCCGAAGUACAGCGGGCUUUCUUUCGGAUAUGCACGACGGGUGCCCUUUGUCUUCUCUUCUCUUGCCUGGAACCCAUGAUAGCAUGGCCUUCUAUGGCUGGCCUGUCGCACAGUGCCAAUCGAUCGAUACUCCCCUCUCAGUUCAGCUCGAAUCCGGCAUUCGUGUUCUCGACAUCCGCCUUGCCCUCGUAAUGGACCGCCUCAUCGCCUACCAUGGCAUAACCCCGCAACGCACUCCCUUUCAAGACAUCCUUACGACCAUGCACGCCUUCCUCACUGCCCCUGCUUCUUGUCGCGAGACGCUCGUCGUCUCCAUCAAGCAGGAAGACUUCGCGACCACGCCGGCACCCAAGUUCUCCGCCGCCGUGCACGCCGAGAUGCUCAGCGGGCCCGGUGGCAAGGAGAUGUGGUACCUCGAGAACCGCAUACCGCGGCUCGGCGAAGUGCGAGGGAAGGCGGUACUCUUCAGCCGCUUUGGUGGGAACAGCGACGGUUGGGAUGGUGGGCUUGAAGGGCUUGGGAUCCACCCCACGACGUGGCCGGACAGCGCGAGAGACGGGUUCUCGUGGAACUGCAAGGAAACCCUCGUCCGGACGCAUGAUUGGUAUUCCAUUCCAUCCUUCCUCUCUAUCCCCGAGAAGGUCGUCCGCGCGACGGAGAAUCUGCUGCCACCCGACGAGCCCGCGCCGAUGCCGAUUCUCAACGUCUCCUUCUUCUCCGCCUCGUCCUUCCCGCUCGCCGCUCCGCCUACCAUCGCGCAGGGCUUCGGCUGGCCAAAGUACGGGCUCGGCGUUGAGGGUGUCAACAGCCGCGUCGGGCGAUGGCUGCUCGACAAGCUCGGGCAGACGGUGCAGGCUAUGCAGCGCGACGAGGACCCUUCCGACGAGGAGUUCGAGGAGAAGGCGCCGAAGAAGCCCGCCAUGGCGGAGGACGAGAUGUACGUCGUGAACGUCGAUGCCGAGCCGCGGAUACGGGGCUGGGCGUUCACCGACUACUACGCGCGGCCGGAGGCCAGCUUGGUGGCGCUCAUGAUUGAGUGCAACUAUCGUGGGCGUAAGGAGGGCGAGGAGGGCUGGUAGUGAUGCAUGGCGUCGGGCGAGUGGCAGGGUACUAGGCUCAACAUCGUCAGGAUUAUCUGGCUUAUAGACGUACAUUAUUUCUUUUGCGGCUCUUUUAUAGGAUUUCACGUAUCUUUUCCCUCGGCUCUCGCUUGGAUCUCAUAUCUCCCUUUCGUCUCUCCUCUUUUCCACAUGUACAUACACGGGCCUGCGCACUGUUUCAUAGUAGUUGUUACAGUCGUGUACAUUUCAAGUCAGUCUUUGUCCGACCGACGUACGACACUCGUUCAAG